GCACAUUUUUGCCAUAGGUAAUAAUCAUUUAUUUCCCUUUGUGUUUACAGACAGUCUCCCUCCAUCGCACCUCAGGCGAAUAUGUGGAGAUUGAAACCCUCUUCUGUAACACCAUGAGAGGCUUUGACAUCGUGGAAAUAGAAAGGAUUCAGAACAAAGCUCUUUGGGAAGCCUUUCAGUUGAAGAACAAACAGAUGAAGGACAACAACAACGGGCACAAUGUGACAGAAAAGAAGCUUUUUCAUGGCACUAAAUCUGAAUAUGUUGCCGUCAUCUGUCACAAAAACUUUGACUGGAGAGUGUGUGGAGUUAAUGGAACUGCUUUUGGCCAAGGCAGUUACUUUGCCCGGGACGCAAAAUACUCCCACAGCUACACCGAGGACUCUCAUGUGAAAUCCAUGUUCGUGUCGCGGGUGCUGGUGGGGGACUACACCAGAGGGAGCUCCAGCUACCGCAAACCUCCUUCCAAAGACAGGGGGGUCAUCAACCUGUACGACAGCUGCGUCGACGAUGAAAUCAAGCCUUCAAUCUUUGUUGUGUUCGAUUCCAACCAGAUCUACCCCGAGUACCUGCUGCAGUACAAGAGCACGCACCCACUGGUCUCUUUAGUUGCUGCUUCUGCACCAGCACCGAAACCAGUACCAGCACCAACACCAGUACCAGCACCGACACCAGUACCAGCACAAAGACCAGCCCCCAAACCCAGUGUCACAGGUUAUCAAUCUAGCACAUCAACAUACCAAAUGCAUACAUCACCAUACCGACCAAGUACAUCAUCAUACCGACCCAGUACACCGUCAUACCAACCCAGCACCUCCACAAACUACCCCUCAGUUAACAGAACACCCAGAUUUAGUCCAUCUCCCCCACCCACCCCGACCCCAAAGAAGUCGUCUGAUUCCUGCGUCAUUUCUUAAGGACAGGGAUGAAGUGAGGGCAUGAUGAUAAUAUGGAGCUUAGUGUGUGCAGAGGGCUGUGAUUCAUUUGGGGAAUAGAUUAAAUAUAGUAAUGACAGCCGAACAGCACCCUUCAGAUGGGGAUAAUUUUUUUGUAAUCCUCUGGAGCAGAGAGAGGAGCUGUGGAUUAUUGUUAUUGAUUAAUGCAUCAGUGUUUCUUCGGGUCAAAAACACUCAAAAUUUCACAACUUAAAAUGAAAGCAUUUAGUUUAUUUAAUAAAAGAGCACAUGUUCAAUUUGAAAAGUGACAGUAGAUAUAGAUUAGUUGCAAUUUGGUAUAUAUAUAUAUAUUACAAAUAAAUACAUUAUUAAAAAAGAAAGAAAUUCUAAUUUCUUUGUUUAAUACCUUGCAUUUCAGGAGGGCUCCAUUGGCGGGGCUCCGUUGGUGGGGCUCCGUCCAAGACAAUGGUAGGGGAAACACUGAGGUGUUUGUUCAUCGAUUUUGUACCAAUAAAUCAAUAUAGAAGGAGGGCAGCGGCAAGAUGACGUAAUUGCAGAGCAAAUCAAUCGUCAAAUGAAAAAAAACUUCUCUGCAAGAUUUUAACACAGCCUUUUUGAUUUUCCUGUUAUUAUUCCCCACAAUUUUUUCUGUGUUUAAAACAAGCUUAUGAUUUGCAUCUUACAGUACAUCAUGUUUUAUUCAUUAAGUCUGUUUCCAUUGCACUUAUUUAGGUAGGAUCAACAUUAAUGUAUGUGAAAUUAAAUCAGAAAAAUGCUCUGGAAACGUUAUACAUCACAAUAGCCUUUUCUCUCGUUGACUGUUAUAAUGAACAAUAUAUCAUACUGUAUGUAGUCAUCAUUACAGCAGGGGGUCUGCUGCACGGCCCCCAGCCAGUAGAGGGCCACACCAUCUUUAUUGGGAUUCAAAAAUAAUCCAUCAAAUGUAAAGCUUCUUACACUAAGUGCAAAUUAGAUAAUUAUAUUAUUAUGAUGUGUAUCUACUUGUAGGUUUUGUGUGUAAUUUGUCUUACUUCACAUUUGCACUGCUUUUACUUUUCAAAAACCCUGCUGUUUGCAAACAUAGCUGAUUUUGUGAGUUUAAUAAAUUAAAAAACACGUCACGUG